AUGAGUCUCAGUCAAGGAGGGACGGAUUUCACGGAGAUUUUUGGCAACCCCUUUAAUAAAAAGCCGGAGAAAACGAAGCCUCCGGAACCUGUAAGUUUUCGCUAUUUUUUUCUUGUGACCGUGCAAUUUUAGGAGCCUGAAUUCGAAUACACACCUUCUGCGUACUUCACACUAGUCGAUCAGAUGAUAGGAAGCCGAUCAAGGCCGUGGAACCCCGAGAGGACACCGGUUAUGCCGAAAAUGGUGAGUUUUUGUUGUUGUUCUUGGUUUUUAGUGAUAAUGUGAGAGAAAUCCUGGUGAAUAGGCCCUUGACUUUGUUCCAGAUGCUGUCCCUACCACCCAUGUCAAAGGAAGAGUUGAUGAUCCAUCGGACGAUGGAGAAUUGCGCCUUCAAAGCAGCACUUUCUUUUGUUCUUGGAGGAGGAGUCGGAGUUGCUUUUGGUUUGUUCACAGCAUCCGUUGACCCAUCGUUGAGCUUUAACAAAGACCCGACUAAGCCUGUAAGGACCAUUAUGUAUCUUUUCAAAGCAAAUUUUAGACUGAUUUUAAAUGUUGUAUUAUGUUAUACUAGACACCUCAAUCUUUCAGUUGACAUUCCGCGAGACUUGGAUUGAAAUGCGCGGCCGAAUGGUCUCAUAUGCGAAGAACUUUGCCUCUCUGGGUCUGCUCUUUGCCGGAACCGAAUGUAUCCUCGAAACUGCUCGAGGGAAGUCGGAUUGGAAGAAUGGAACCUUCUCUGGUGGAAUUGUAGGUGGAAUUAUUGGUCUUCGAGCAGGAGUAAAACCCGCGCUAUUUGGAGCAGCUGGUUUUGCAGCAUUCUCAACAAUAAUCGACCAUUAUCUCAGACAUUAG